UUUGCAUUCGACAUUUAUUUAGUGUAGAGAAUUUUUACAAGUCACAAAGGUGUGUAGCUCCAUUAUAUUUUUGUGUUAUUUGCCAUCUUAUUGAUAUUUAAAUAUUAAAAAGUGCAUAAAUAUACUAAAAAGCAAUCGUAGAUGAUGAUUGUAUAAAAUGUUUUUCGAAAAGUGUGAAUUUCAAAGGAUUUGCCUUUGUUUAACUUUGAGCCAUCAAUUGACUGGGGAAAGUUUUUAACAGUGGACAAGUGAAAAAUGUCGGGCGCCGCUGUUAAAAUGCUGUAUAUACAAGUUGCGCUGUAAAUUCAAGCGCAAUUUUAACAGCAUAAUGUUGACAACCGCUGUAAAUAACAUUUAUAAUGUAAAGUGUUGCAACAGCAGAUUGUUGUGUUUGCCUUUUUUAUCUGCAAAUAUCUCUACUUCAAAUAUGACUUCAUUUCACGAACGAAAGAAACGGGCGAAAAGAAAGCAGUAUUUGGUGACUCAUCAACAGUGUGAUGUAUCUUGAGCUGGUUCACACAAUGGCCGGAGGUGUACGCUGAGUUUUAACAUUUUACAGAUGGCAUUGGUAUUUAUGAACAUAAGCAACAAAGCUAAGAAAUCAUGUGGCAGACAUGCCUGGAAGCAUUCUAAGUAUCUAACGUAGGCUAAAAACAUGAUUGUGCUCACUACUUAUUGCUAUUUGUAUAUAUAUGUAUUUAUAUGUUCCAUGUUUUUAAAGUCAUACAUUUGCCAUGCAUAGCUUUGAAUCUAUUUUCAGAUCGACAACAUCCAACCAAUCUAAACCAAACCAAAUCAACUACAACAACGACAUUUAACACAACUUUUUAAUUACUAUAUUUAUAAUUAAAAUUUCAUAUAUUACAUUAUAUAAUUCAUUACAUUGUAAAUUUCAUAUGUUAAUGUACGAAAAAAUUUCUUGCUCUGUUGCAAAACUAUAAAUUAAAUAUUUUUUUUUACUAAUUAUAUUCUUCCCUCUUCUAAUAGCGCCCAAAUACCAAACUGCAUACGCCUGCGAAGGUAAGAAAUUAACAAUCGAAUGCGAUCCAGGCGACCUGAUCAACCUGAUACGCGCGAAUUACGGACGCUUCUCGAUAACGAUAUGCAAUGACCAUGGCAAUGUCGAAUGGAGUGUAAACUGCAUGUUCCCAAAGAGCUUAACCGUUUUGAAUUCAAAAUGCGCACACAAACAAAGUUGCAGUGUGCUUGCAACGACGAGCAUGUUUGGCGAUCCCUGUCCUGGUACACACAAGUAUCUAGAGGCACAUUACCAAUGCAUAUCAGCGGCACAAACAUCAACCACCACCAAUCGACCCAGUCCACCAUGGGUGUUGGCGAAUAAUCCACCAUUGCUUGCUAAUGGUAGCACACUGAUCAAUCCAAGUGUGCCGUUGCAACCACAAGGACCAGGACGUUUACCACUGCCAGCCAAUGGCGCCAUACCAUCGUCAGGUGGCUCAUGGCAUACACUGCCGCCAACACCAGGUCCUCCGCAACCCACACUACCAGGUGGCCGUCUGAAAGGUAACUAUAAUACAACGGUGAUAAAGAAUUCCAACAGACACGAUGGUUUACCGCCACCACCGCCGUUGCAUCAUCAUCAUCAUACGGGCCAUCAUGCAACAGCGCCUGUGGAAGGCAUCAACGUGAUUGAUAGUACUGUCGGCAAUACGCGACCAACGGCGAAAAAUGAUUUAUCAACACGCACGCCGGGCACAAAUCAAACCAAAUCACAUGUCGGUCCGUCCAACACAACCACCACACCCAAUACGCGCAUAUUGAGUGGCGUCGGUGGCAGCGGCACAGAUGACGGCACCAUACUCACCGCUAAAACCGCACAAAAUCGUGGUAAUCAGCAGCAGAGUACCGCAACACAGCAGCAUGCUGCUGGCAACAACAAUAACAACGCAAUAGGCGCUGACGCUAGCGGCGGAAGUAAUGGCAUACGUACCAUAAACAAUAUAAAUAACCUCAACAUGGGUUUGGGCGCGGUGGCCGAGGAUGAAUCGAAUAUGUUCUGCGGCCCAACGAAUGCGCGUAAUCUCUUCUGGAAUAUAACGCGAGUCGGCGAUGUAAAUGUGCAGCCGUGUCCAGGUGGCGCAACUGGCAUUGCCAAAUGGCGUUGUGUGCUUAUGAAGCGCGUCAACUACAAAGAAGAGGACGCUGGAGCAGCGGAAACCACCACAAUGCGCGCAAUACCACGCGCUAAUUGCAGUAGCAGCAAUGCAAACAGCAGCUGUGAAAAUGCCGCUGAUAGAUUAAAUCAGCGCAUCGGUAAUUUUGAGCCCACUUGGCAUCCCAUGACGCCGGAUCUUACGCAAUGCCGCAGUCUGUGGUUAAACAGCUUGGAGGUGCGCGUAAAUCAACGUGAAUCAUCUGUUAUUUCUAUAGCAAAUGAUCUUUCAGAGGUGACAAGUAGCAAAACUUUGUAUGGCGGCGACAUGCUCGUUACUACGAAAAUCAUACAAACCAUGUCGGAGAAAAUGUUUCACGACAAAGAGACGCUACCAGAUCAACGUCAGCGUGAGGCUAUUAUAUUAGAACUGCUACAUGGUGUGGUAAAGACUGGUUCAAAUUUGCUCGAUGAAUCACAAUUGUCCUCAUGGAUGGAUCUGAAUCAGGAAGAUCAAAUGCGUGUUGCCACAUCAUUGCUUACUGGACUGGAGUAUAAUGCAUUUCUUUUGGCCGACACCAUCAUACGCGAACGGAAUAUUGUGCAGAAGGUCAAGAAUAUACUGUUGUCUGUGCGUGUUUUGGAGACUAAGAACAUACAAGGCAACGAAGUUUUCCCCGACCUCGAACAGUGGCAAAUCAGUGACGAUCGCAUAGAGUUGCCGCGCACUGCGCUCGUAGAAAACAGCGAAGGCGGCCUCGUGCGCAUAGUAUUCGCCGCUUUCGAUCGUUUGGAGUCCAUCCUAAAACCGUCUUACGACCACUUUGACACAAAAAGUUCGCGUAGUUAUGUACGCAACACAGCCUUGCUGGCCAGCGAGCGUAACGAUUCGGGAGCAAGCGCUGAUUUACAACAACAACGCAUACGCAUACUCAAUAGCAAAGUGAUAUCAGCAAGUUUGGGUAAAGGACGACACAUACAAAUCUCACAGCCCAUCAAAUUAGUCUUGCGACACAUCAAAACCGAAAAUGUUACCAAUCCGACUUGCGUCUUUUGGAACUACAUAGAUCACGCAUGGUCAGCGAACGGCUGCACUUUGGAGUCAACAAAUCGCACGCACAGCAUUUGCAUGUGCAAUCAUCUCACCAACUUUGCCAUACUCAUGGAUGUCAUGGACGAGCAUAAUCAUUCGCUGUUCGGCGUCUUCGAUGGCAACAUGCGCAUACUCAUCUAUAUAAGUGUUGCCAUUUGUUUGGUAUUCGUCGUCAUCGCAUUACUCACUUUGAAGAUAUUCAAUGGUGUUUUUAUAAAGUCUGCGCGCACUUCCAUCUAUCGCAGCAUAUAUAUAUGUCUACUUUUCAUUGAAAUUCUUUUCCUAAUUGGCAUUGAGCAGAAUGAGACGAGUAUCCUUUGUGGUUUCACUACUGUUUUUCUACAUUGUUCGAUAUUAUCGGCGAUAGCGUGGUUCUGUUUCGAAGCAUUCCAAUCAUACUCCACACUAACCACCGAUGACAUGUUACUCGAAGUUGAUCAGACUUCCAAAGUGAAUUGUUACUAUUUACUCUCCUACGGUUUAUCCCUUACAAUUGUGGCCAUUUCCUUGGUCAUUAAUCCAAAUACAUAUACACAAAAUGAUUUUUGUGUGCUUAUGGAGGCGAAUACGUUGUUCUAUUCGAGUUUUGUGGCACCUGUGUUGCUAUUUUUUCUGGGCGCUUUGGGCUACACCUUCUUGUCAUGGGUCAUCAUGUGUCGCAAGAGUCACACAACGUUGAAAAAUAAAGAACAUACGCGACUCGCCAAUGUGCGCUUCGACAUACGUUGCUCCUUCAUUUUUCUACUACUGCUAAGCGCUGUAUGGAUAUCCGCCUAUUAUUAUCUACGCCUGGCCAAAGUGGAGGACGACUUGGCCGUUGUAUGCGGUUAUCUUUUCAUUAGUUUCAACACGCUAAUGGGAUUGUAUAUUUUCGUGUUUCAUUGCAUACAAAAUGAGAAGAUUCGUCGCGAAUAUCGCAAAUAUGUGCGGCAAAAUUCUUGGUUGCCAAAGUGUUUGCGCUGCUCGAAGGCCUCGAUCUCCUCGGGCAUCGUCGGCAAUAACGGUAUUGGCAGUGGCAGCGGCAGUGGCGGUGUUAUCGGUUCAGGCAAUGGUGGCGGUGGUGGUACACUUUCCGGCACACAUCGUGGCAAUGCGAACACCGCGCAAUUGAAAAAGUCCAAACUGCCUAUAGGCAGCGAUGGUUUGGUGUCAGACGACACAGGCGGUAUUAUAUCGGCUGCCGAGGAUGCCAUUAUUGCAUCAUCAGAUUGUGAAUUGAAUGAUGCGCGCAAUCUGUCGUUAACCAGCGAUGCCGAUGUGGAUGCGGUGAAGGGCGCCGGCGGCAAUAUGACAUUGCAGCACGGUAAGGGUGGCCACUCCAUUAUUGAUGCCAUGCAAGGACAUAUUGUGUUGGAGCGCGGUGGCGCAAAUGCCGGUCAUUCAGUUGGCGGCAGUGGUGGGCUGCGCACGCCCAGCGCUGGUCACACCUCGCCCACCUCAUCGGCUGGCUCGACGCAUCUGAUUUUCGGUGGUCAAAAGCAGCAAAUGAUUGGCUCGGGCAUCGCAACGGGCGGUGCACCACAAGAGGCGUACUAUCAUCAGCCGGAUUACUAUGGCUGGAAACAGCAAAUGGGUAAACCGGGUGGCGGCAACAACAAUGCUUUGAGCCUGGCACAUCCGCGCGAUUAUGCAGGUAACGCGGCUGCGCCACAACAGGCGCACGAGUUCUUCUACUGGACGCAAAAACAUCAGCCGCACGGCAAGAAGAAGCGUGGCAGUGGUAUUGGCGGUGAAUCGCCGAGCGGUUCAUUGCAUAGUCGCACGACAGCGGCGUCGCAGCAAAUACUUUUCUAUCCGUCGUAUAAGAAGACCACACUGAAGCAACAACAGCAGCAGCAACAGUAUCCGCACUACGAUGAGGCGGUCGGUGCUGCUGCCUACUAUCAGCAACAACAGCAGCAGCAGCAGCAACAACAACAUCGGCGCCAUGCAUCAGCGGCUAUGAUGCUGGCCGCGCAUCAUCAGCAGCAACAACAACAACAAUUGUCCUCGGAUGAGGAACAAUUGGAGCCAGCAGCCGCUGCGCAUGCGCAUUUGUUGCAUUUGGGACGACGCGCCGGCUCACAAUUGCCACCACCGCCGGCGCCCGCAUCGCACGCCUACCAUUAUCCGCAUCAUCACUCGCCAGAGUUUAUGGGCGUUGCGCACACGCCCACACAGCGUUACUAUAGAAAUAAGCAUUCCAACUGUGAUCUGAGCCAUGAGGAGUACGACCCGAGCGGACGCGCGGGCAGCGAACAGUACUACAAUCAAAAUUCAAUGGGCGGUGAUGGGCCGGUUUAUGAGGAGAUUCUCAGCAAUCGCAAUUCCGAUGUACAACAUUACGAAAUGGAUUUGAAUAUGUAUGGUCGUGAUAAUGACGACGUUGACGAUGAUGAUGAUGACGAUGAUGUAAACGAUUGCGAUGAUGAGGUGGUGAACAAUAGUCGUGGUGGUGGUGCUGGCGGUGGUAGCAGUAGCGCUAUGCGUCGCCAACAGUUGCGGCAACGGCAUCACUAUGAGGCAGCGCGAAAUGGCGUCGUUGGCGCAGGCGUAGGCAUCAGUGGCAGUCGAUAUGGUCACGCGGAGAGCGGCGCGUCCAGUGAGGAGGACGACGACGACGAUGAUGGGAGCGCGCAGCGACGCGGCUUGCCACAGGGUGACGAGCGCAUGCGGCGACUGAUUGCGUUGCAAGAUGAAGAGUUUCAGCGGCGGUUUCAAAAGCAACGCAAGAAAGCCGAGGCCUCAUUAAAUGACAAAACGGCAGCAGCGGCAUACUUUGAUCACCACAAUGCGGCAGCGUCAAGCGGUGCGGCGGUUUUUGGCAUUAGCGGCGGUGGCAGUGGCGGCGCGAGCUCCAUACGCGCCAUAAAAAAGAUCUCACCGAAUAAUCGAAUAGGUGUGCAUGAGUUAUUCACGACGACUCAUAAUAGCAGCGGUGCUGCGAACGUCGGUGGUGGUGGCAGUGGCCUAGGUCCGCCCUUACCGCCGGCCAAUCAGCAGCAAGCGCAACAACAACAAUACCCGCUGUCGAAGAGGCAACAAUUGUCGCCAACAACACUAACAGCAGCAACAACACCGUCAUCGUCGCACACACAACCAAUCAUCGGCCGGAACAUUUCUGCAAUGCUGGAUGAGAACAAUACGGUACGUUGUUACCUCGAACCGUUACCCAAAUGAAGGGUACACGCAUCUGAUCCAACCCACACAUAGGUGAGGUAGUGUAAUUAUAUAUGUAUGUAUAAGCUUAACUGCAGAGCGUGUGGCAAUUUUAAAGACAAGCUAAAAGAGCAUAAGGCAUUAGUGUUUAGCUUUUGGGUUUUCGGCUAAAAUCGGCCGAAAUCGUAGCUCGAUUUAAAGGCAUUUACUAAUCGUGUAUGUUUGUGUGUAUGUCGUACGUGUUAAGCGUCAGUUGAAGAAAGCAAACUAAAUAAUAAUUUAUAAAAUGUUAAAAGUAAAUUAAAACAAAAAGAAAGGUAUAUUAUAAAUGUAUGUAUGUAUAUGAAAAUGAAAAAAACUAUAAAACUCCUAAUGCACACCAACCGAUUCCCAGCACAGCUGCGCGAAAGCACACACACACACUCAAGAAAACAAAGCUAACUUGCUACUAAGCAGCCAUUGAGUUUUGCAGUUGUAAAAAGUAUGAAAUUUUUUGUUGUUACCUUUAAAGCUUUAAGCAACUAUUAAGUAGCAUUUAUUUUUAUUAUAAUUUUUUUGUAAGGCAGAGAAUUUUGCAAGUAUACGUCGUUUAGCGCAGGUGAAAUUUUAUAAUAAUUUUUGGGCUUUAAAAUUUUUAUAAAGAGGAUUUUUUUUUAAAUUUUAUUUUCUAAACUAAAUUUAUGUUUCGAAUAUACAUAUAUUGCUUUUCUCUCAUUAUUCUUAGUAAAAUAGUAUUUUUCUUUUAAUUUAAUUAAAACAUAAUAAUGUAAACAGCAAUUAGAACCGGCUAAAAUGUAACAUCUUACAAUAUAUUUUUGCGUUCAAAAAUGUAUUUCGUUUACUUUAAAAUCCGCUUUAAAAGUGCUAACCUGUAAUUUUAUAUCAACACACACAAAUUUUUUAAAAUUUUUUUUCGCAAAUUUUCUUUAAAUUUUUUUUCGCAAAUUUAAAAAAAAAAUUUUUUUAACUAUUUUUUUUUCACAAAUAUUUUUCAAAAUUUUUCAAAUUUUUUUCAGAUUGAAUAUUGUUGAUAUUGAUUUCUUUCGACGACUUGAAUAUAUUUUUUUUUCUUCAUUUUUAUUCAUAUAUUCAUAUUAAAGAAACCGUAGAAGAAGUAGAUAAAAUUUUCCGGUAAUCACCCUGUAAUUUUAUUUCAACAAACAACGCUUUUUGUGUACAAAUCUUCGGCUUUUCUUUUCUAUCGUCGACAUGAAGCAUAAAAUAUUUUAAUUUCAAAAACUCUCAUUAUUUUCGAAGAUUAUAUCAAAUUGUUUAUACAAUUUUCGUAAAACUUCCUCCGUCUCUUUAUUAACUUCAUUUCUUUAAUAUUGUAAAAAUAAUUUAAAUGCAAUCAACAUAGUUUUUAAGUGCAACUAAGAACAAAACGCUUCAAUUGUAAUUAUAAAUAAGCUCAUAAGUAUGUUAAUUAAUUGAAAUUGUCAAAUUUUUGCGAAUUUGGCAUUGUAACUAAAAACUAAACAGACGUUUUCAAAACCAAAUAAGAUUACUUCAACACUUCACAAUCAAUAAAUUUUCAGUCUACCAAAAUUUCCAAACCCGUUAAAAUCUACUUACAUAAUUGCUAAACAAACAAAAAACAAAAACAAAAGCAAAGCAAAAGACCUUUCAACUUCAACAAAAUACAUAAGAAAAUAACUAAAAACGCUAUCGAAUACCUCCACUCGAAUCCUGUCGAACUAAAGUUGUUGUACAUUAGUGUAGCUACUGACCUAUGAGUAUGAGAAGGAAAUAAAUGUUCAAAUAAGUAUUGUAUGUGUAGUUGUGCGGCCACAACAACAAACGCAUGCUCUCUAACCAAUGUUGUUGUUAAUUGUAAUUUCACGGCGAGGCGCAUUAGUUGCAGGAAAAAAUUGCAUGCAUAAAAACAAGAAACAGCAAAUUGUGGUCCAACAAUAAUAAUAACAACAGCAACAUAAUUUACAAAAUCGCACCAACUAAAUCUUUCAAAAACAAAAAAAAAAAAAA